GUCUGAAUUUUUGACAGUCAGGCGGCAUAGUCGACAGUCGACAGUGGCGUGCGGUCGGUGUAGUGUAGGGAGUAAAAUCUGCGAUGGCGGAGUUACGCUUUCACAACAUCCACGGUGCCAACAUCGCCCUCUCCCCUGACGGUCACGUGGCCCAGCGUCUCCAGGGCUACGGCAAGGGCCUCGUCUUCAGCGCGCGCCCCGUCAAAGUCAACGAAAAAGUCUCGAUCAAACUCCUCAAACUCUCCACCCAGCUAUCCAGCACCGUCUGCUUCGGCUUCACCUCCAAGAACCCCAAUACUCUCCUCGACGACGUCGACUACUCCUACUUGGACGUGUUCAAAAUGGGCUGCUACUGGAUUUGGCCCUUAUUCAAGAACAUGUGCGUAGAAGGCACUAGCUUGUUCUACUACGUCACCAGAGACGGUCACGUGCACUUCGGGGUCGACGGCCAGGAGAUCGACUCCUUCUACAAGAGGGUGUACACGGGGGGACCGCUGUGGGCGAUCCUAGAUAUAGACGGGGUGUCGACCACGGUGGAGGUGGUGCCGUCCGAGGAGGUGUCUGGUGACGAGGAGGACGACGAGGAAGGGGAUGUGUACGAGAUGGGGGAGGAGUUCAUCAAUGCGGAUCAGCUCUGCACGGUAUGCUGCCAGAAGGAGAUCAACGCGGUGCUGUACAAGUGUGGACAUAUGUGUAUGUGCUAUCAGUGUGCGGUAAAGCAGAGGCAGGGGGUGGGGAAUGGGCAGUGCCCGAUUUGUAGAGCGGUGAUUAAGGAUGUCAUCCGUACUUAUAAAUGAGUUGUGUAAUCUCUAUAUUUUUUUAUUCUAUUUUAUUGUAACUAAGGAGAGCUCGAGGUUUUAUUAAUGGCGAUGACGAAACGCUGACGUUGUGAUUAGAUUUGCUUAUCUUUGGACUAUUGUGUUUUGUAGAUAGUGAUCUACAGCUGCUCAGAUCUGUAGAAAUGGAACGAUUUUCUUAUCGGAGAUUAGAAACGCGUGACUGAGCGUUUGAACUUCCUUUGUAGCAGAUUUCGUGCCGAUUUCUACAGAUGGAAUAGAGUAUAGAUUUUUUUCUGUAAAACUGCUACUAAAUUAAUGCACUGUAGAAUAAGGACGUGUUCAGAUUGUAUUUAUUACUAUUUUUGCUAUUUUAAUAUAAGUUUUUUAAAGUA